AGGAACAAACCCCACCGAUAGGGUUUAACAAGAAGGUUAGGAGAGCAGCCGCCGUCCCGGAGGCCGGAGUCCCUCGCCGCCGAAACCCCCUCCUCCCUCCGCUCCCGCCAAAUCACCCCUGCUACGACCGAAAUCCCUUUCACUCGCACCGGCGGCGUGGCCCGGACGCGAAUCCCCUCUUGCCGGCGGCGUGGUCCGGACGCGAUUCCUCUCGCCGUGCCCGUGGUCUGUAGCAGGGGACUUGUGCGAUGGCUUUUGCUAGUAGGAUGGGGAUUGUGCUGAGGAGGGCCUCCGGGUCCUCGAAUUCGUCGCUGCUCCAGGCAGUAAGGUGCAUGUCUUCUUCCAAGCUUUUUGUUGGAGGACUAUCAUAUGCCACAGAUGACCCAACUCUCAGGGAUGCCUUUUCUGGCUAUGGGGACGUCAUUGAAGCUAGAAUCAUCAUGGACAGGGAGUCUGGCAGGUCAAAGGGAUUUGGAUUUGUUACUUAUGCAUCCACCGAAGCUGCCGCGGCUGCCAUUAGUGCCAUGGAUGGCAAGGACCUUCACGGACGAAUGAUAAAGGUAGGCUACGCCAGUGACCGUGCUGGUGGGACACGUGGAGGUGGAUACGGCACUGGUAAUUAUGGAAGUGGCGGAUAUGGCGGCGCGGGAUAUGGAAGCGGUGGCGGUGGAUAUGCUGGCAAUGGUGGUGGUUACAGAAGUGGCGGAUAUGUCAGCACGGGAUAUGGAAGUGGUGGUGGUGGAUAUGUGGGCAAUGGUGCUGAUUAUGGAAGUGCAGGGCAUGCCAGUGGUGGUGGAUAUGGUAAUGCGGGAUAUGGUGGUUACAGUGGUGCUGCAGGCGGCGGCGAGUAUUCUAGCAUGAACAACAAUGCUGUUGCUGGUGGCUAUGGCGGUGGUGACGGAAGCUACAAUAAUGCCAGCAACUCGGGCGGAAGUGGUGGUAGCUAUGGUAGUGGUGGUGGAAUCUACAAUAAUGCGAGCAACUCUGGUGGAAGUUCUGGUGGCUAUGGCGGCGGUGGCGGAAGCUACAAUAAUGCCAGCAACUCGGGUGGAAGUGCUGGUGUCUACGGCGGCGGUGGCGGAAGCUACAAUAAUGCCAGCAACUCGGGUGGAAGUGCUGGUGGCUACGGCGGCGGUGGCGGAAGCUACAAUAAUGCCAACAAUUCGGCUGGAAGUGCUGGUAGCUACGGCGGUGGUGGUGGAAGCUACAAUAAUGCCAGCAAUUUGGGUGGAAGUGCUGGUAGCUACGGCGGCGCUGGUGGGUACAGUUCCCCCAACACAUAUGGCGUGGGCAAUUACAACAGCGGAGCUGGCGGCAAUGCAGUCUUCGGCGAAAAGACCGGCAGUUUCAGUAGUGGGCAUUCUGCUGUUGCUGGUGGCAACAACGGCAGCGCUGGUGGGAACAAUUUCCCCAACACGUAUGGUGCCGGCAACUACAACAGCGGAGCUGGCGGCAAUGCAGUCUUCGGCGAAAAGACCGGCAGUUUCAGCAGUGGGCAUUCUGCUGUUGCUGGUGGCAACAACGGCAGCGCUGGUGGGAACAAUUUCCCCAACACAUAUGGUGCAGGCAACUACAACAGUGGAGCUGGCGGCAAUGCAGCCUUUGGCGAAAGCACUGGCCGUUUCAGCAGCGGGAAUUCUGCUGUUGCUGGUGGCGACAACGGCGUCAACAGUGCUGGUGGGUACAAUUCUCCCAACACCUAUGGCGCCGGCAACUACAACAGUGGAGCUGGUGGCAACAACAGCGGCAACUUUGCUGGAAAUGUGAGCGGCAUCGGCAACUUUACUGGCAGCCGCAAUGGCAGCAGCUAUGCCGGAGGAUUUGGCAGCGCCGAGACCCUUGGAGCUAGCAAGGUGCAGUACAACGGCCAAGACGACCUGCUGGGUGCUGACUACUUCUCCGAGUCGGAGGACCGUCAUGCGGGCAGGUCAGCGUAACUUUAGUGUCGCGGAACAUCUUGAGAUGCAAAGGUAACAAUGAUGAAUGCCUGGCGGGUGCUUUUUGUUAGAGAAAACCCAAAGCUUGAUGAUGCCUCUGGAGUAGGUUAUUAUUAGGUAAGAAGAAUUGCUUAGUUUUUCUGCUUUGGUUUUGCAUGCUAUUUUGAGGCGAGAACAGUUAUGGUGAUGCUUCUGGCUACGAUUACUGUUUUUUAUCGUGUAUAUUGAGAUGGAAAAUGGCUGUUUAGCGUGUUGAUUAGGCUGUGUGUUCAGCCUGUUCA